AUGGCCUCUUCAAAUAUUUGCAAGUCUUUCAUUAAAGCGAUCCAGAGCCGUCGUUCAAUCUAUGCUCUUUCAAAAAAGCCUAUUCUUCCGGAUGCACAAGUGGUGCAGCUGAUUCAGCAGGCGGUCCGUGAGGCGCCCUCGUCAUUCAACGUGCAGAGCAGCCGUGUCGUCGUGCUUUUGGGCAAUCAGCAUGACAACUAUUGGAAACAAAUUGUGCCUACAGCGCUUCGCCAAGUUGCAGGUGGGGAGGCUAUGGAGGCAUCGAAGGGCAAACUCGAGGCUUUUGCAGCUGGCGCCGGUACCAUCCUCUUUUUCGAGGAUAGCAACCUUAUUAAGGGCCAGCAGGAAGCUUUCCCUCAAUACGCCUCGAGCUUCCCUAUCUGGUCGCACCACUCCUCAGGCAUGGCCCAAAUUUACACAUGGACAGCCCUCGAAACUGAAGGAUACGGUGCGAACUUGCAGCACUAUGGCAACCUCACAGGCGAGACGCUCAAGAAGGUGUACAACUUGCCAGAGUCGUAUGAGAUCCAAUGCGAAAUGGUGUUUGGCUUCCCUGAGCAGCCAGCUGGUAGCAAGACAUUCUUGCCGGAUAACGAGCGCGUGGUUGUCUUCAAGUAG